AUGGCCAAAGGGCUUCUGUUGGUUGUGGCCUUUGGCUGUGUUGUUAGUGAUGUGUGGGACUCCAGACGGUUUUAUCCGAGAUCAGGGUUUCUGCACGAUGAAGUCCCAGCCAGGUUUGACUCUCAGAAGCCAGUGCAAGAGGAGCCUGCAAGGCCGGACCCUAGCGAGGCUGUUGAAGAGCCUGAGGGUUCCCAGUCCAAGCAGGCCUUUGAGAAGCCUCUGACUUUGAACUUACAUAAAGUUGAAGAGCCUGAGCGCAAGCCUAACCGUGUGGUGACUUGGUGUCUGGUCCAUGUGAAGGUGAAGCAGGACCUGCUGGGGAUUGGCCGGCUCAUACAGCCACAGCGUAUCACUCUAGGAGGUUGUCCUGCCACUGAGGAGGACACUGACGCUCAUGUGAUCACCUUUGAAUCAGAGCUGCAUGGCUGUGGCAGUGAGCUGACGAUGACUGAGGAUGUGCUGAUCUACACCUUCACUCUGUCUGAGGCAAAACCUCUUGCUAACACUUCUAUAGUGAAAACCAGUGCAUUUAUGGUUGAUAUUGAGUGCCACUACUUGAGGAAUCACGAUGUGAGCAGCAAUGCCCUGAAGCCAACCUGGAUCCCCAACACUUCCAACAUGGUGGCAGAGGAACUCUUCUACUUCUCCCUGAGGUUAAUGACUGCUGACUGGCAGUUUGAGAGGCCCUCCAACCAUUACUAUCUUGGUGACAUCAUCAACAUGGAAGCCUCGGUCAUGCCGUACCACCACGUUCCCCUCCGUGUCUUUGUGGACCGCUGUGUCGCCACCUUGGCGCCUGAGGUCAACACUGUCCCUAGAUAUUCUUUCAUUGAGGACCAUGGGUGUCUGGUUGAUGCCAAGUUGACCGGCUCCAGCUCCCAGUUCCUGUCCAGAUCCCAGGAUGACAAGAUCCAGUUUCAGCUGGAGUCCUUCAGGUUCCAACCACAGAAUGAUUCCCAACAGCUCUACAUAACAUGUCAUCUGAAAGCAUCUGCAGCCUCUUCCCCCAUUGAUGCUGAGAACAAGGCCUGCUCUUUCACAGAUGGCUGGAAGGCUGCAGGUGGGGAUGACCAGAUGUGUGGCUGCUGUGACUCCAGCUGUGCUGUGAGCAAGGCUAGAGAUCUGGACAGUGAUUUAGGUAGGUGUUAA